GUUUAGUUUUACCGAUUAAUUUACAUUUUAUGCAAAAAAUAAAGGAACUUGACUGAUGAUUCUCCAUGUCGUAAAUUAAGACGGAACAAUUUUACAACGCUGUUCUCUACCGGACUAUCUUUGGGAAGGUGCCAACGGAAGUUGGUCCGACUGUGAUUUUCUUCCGCCCAAAUUCAAAACAAGUUCGACCUUAUCCGCUGUAAGUGCAUAAUGGUUUCACAGUUGCUGUUAAGAAAUAUUUAAAUUAGAUGUUAAAUUGACCUACCGUACGUGUUUGCAUUCGUAUAACGUGUUUAAAAUCUAGGGAAACUUUUUAUUACGUGUAGUUUAUCAUGUUCAUGUUGGUGUUGAAACUUAGCGACUUUAUUUCAUGUCAGUCGGUACGUUUAAAUCAGAAUGAAUAUGUUAAAACACGCAUGUAAUUUGAUCAUAUUUAUCAGCCAAGUAUGUUAAAACACAUGUAAUUUGGCUCCGGUAGUUGUUCGAGUCUCUGAAUUGCUAAAGCCGAAAUAACCUAACAUAAUAUACAUUUAAGACAUAAAUACAUAUUUACAAAAGUACUGAGAAGGAAGGGACCAUGAAUGUAGACGGGAGGUCCCACAGUCGGUUGUGGGAUUGGGACAAUCCUCACUGCCGGGCCCAACUGGACGAGAUCUUCUUCCGUCACAACGACUACAUCCAAGCCGGCAGCCAGGAACACAAAGACUUCUGGGCCUUUUUCGACCGCUUCCAGAGGUUCAAGCUAAAGAAGGAUAUGUGUGGAUCCGGUCCCAGCCUUGAUGAGGACAGAGACGUGGUUCAAACCGGGUCUUUGGACCUUCCUAAAGAGUAUGAUGCCCGAUACCGCAUCAACGUGUCUCUGGUAACCAGAGACAUCGAGGAGCGUCUCGGACAAUCCCACCCCAACCACAGCAGGCGCAACUCUUCGGGUCCGAACGCUCAUGUGAUCUCGGACUUUCGUCUGUCCUUGCUGCACUACCUGGACUUCAGCCAGCGGCAGAGCUUUGGCAAGCUGGCCAAGCUGCAGCGGGAGCAGAAGAACCUGCCCAUCUUCCAAUACCGAGACCGCAUCGUGGACCUGGUCAGGCGCCACCCGGUGGUCGUGGUAGCGGGAGACACCGGCUGUGGCAAGUCCACUCAGGUGCCCCAGUAUCUUGUCUCGGCCGGGUUCUCCCACAUAGCAUGCACCCAGCCCCGACGGAUCGCCUGCAUUUCCCUGGCCAAGAGGGUCAGCUUUGAGAGUCUGAACCAGUACGGCUCAAAGGUGGGCUACCAGAUCCGCUUUGAGACAACGCGCACCACCGCCACCAAGCUGAUCUUCCUGACAGAGGGUCUGCUGCUGAGGCAGAUCCAGCAGGACAAAACACUGGAGCAGUACCAGGUGCUGAUCGUGGACGAGGUGCACGAGCGCCACCUGCACGGUGACUUCCUGUUGGGCGUGCUGCGCUCGCUGGUGGCCGAUCGACCAGCCGACUUGCGGCUCAUUCUCAUGUCGGCCACCAUCAACAUCAAGCUCUUCUCUGACUACUUUGGUGGCGCUCCCGUGCUGCAGGUGCCUGGGAGACUCUUCCCCAUACAGGUGAUCUAUCAGCCUAUUCCCCCAGAAGAGCAAGCACCGUCCCGCAUGGAGAAACUGGAGCCCCGGCCGUACCUGCGCAUCCUGCAGGGCAUCGACCAGCGCUACCCACCGGAGGAGCGUGGCGACCUGCUGGUCUUCCUGAGUGGCGUGGCCGAGAUCAGCGCCAUCCAAGAGGCGUGUCAGGUGUACGCCACGCACACGCGCCGUUGGAUCGUACUGCCGCUGCACAGUACGCUCUCACUGGCCCAGCAGGACAAGGUGUUUGACAUAGCGCCCCCUGGUGUGAGGAAGUGCAUCAUCUCCACCAACAUCGCAGAGACCUCAGUCACCAUAGAUGGCGUGCGUUUUGUUGUCGACUCAGGCAAGGUGAAGGAGAUGAGUUUUGACCCAAAGGCCAAGAUGCAGCGUCUUCAGGAGUUCUGGAUUAGCAGAGCCAGCUCGGAGCAGAGGAAGGGCCGUGCUGGUCGCACGGGUCCCGGCGUGUGUUACCGCCUCUACGCCGAGUCAGACUACGACGCCUUCGCUUCCUACCCUGUCCCUGAAAUCCACCGGGUGGCACUGGACUCCCUGGUUCUGCAGAUGAAGAGCAUGGGACUCGGCGAUCCACUUAAGUUUGUCUUCAUCGAUCCUCCGCCGGCCGCCAGCAUUCAGACCGCCAUUACCUAUCUCAAGGAGCAGGGGGCACUGGACUACCAAUGCGAGCUGACCACCAUCGGAGAUGUGCUGUCCCAGCUCCCUGUUGACGUCGUAAUUGGUAAGAUGCUGGUGCUGGGCUCCUUAUUCAACCUGGUGGAGCCCAUGCUGACGGUAGCCGCCGCCCUCAGCGUUCAGUCGCCGUUCCUGCGCAGCUCGCAGCACAACCCCGACUGCGCCACCGCCCGCCAGCCACUGCAUUGCAACCAGGGAGACCCCUUUACGCUACUUAACACCUUCAACGCCUGGGUGGAAGUGAAGGGCGAGAGAGGUGGCGGUUCCAGGAAGUGGUGUCGUCGGCGAGGCCUAGAGGAGCAGCGACUCUACGAGAUGGUCAACCUGCGCAGACAAUUCAAGGAGCUGCUGCGGAGCCACGGCCUGCUGGAGGCAGACGCCGACGACGACAACCGUGGCGACCGGCAGCAGCGGCGCGAACGUCUGACGGAGAGGAGGAAGCUUCAUCAGAUGAAGAGAGAUCACGAGCAGCAGGAGGGCACCAAACGCAAAGUCCUCAGGAUGGAAGAGGGCCAGGAAGGGGAGUUCUCCUCCGGAUCCGACGCAGAGGAACUGGGACGAGGGAGGAGCAGGAAGAAGAAGGACAAGGACGGAGCCAAUGUGGACAUUCAGGAAGUGAAGUUUAAGCUGCGCCACAACGUGUCAGAGUUGCAAGGCGCCGUCAACAUCAGCCAGGAUUUGUCGUCCCGGCAGCAAGCUCUCCUCAAGCUUCUUCUCUGCCGGGGUCUCUACCCUCAGCUGUCUCUGCCCGAUGAGCACAACGGCACCCGCAAGGAUACCGAGCAGGUGUUCCAUACGAAAAAUAAGCAGGGGAUCGUGAUCCAUCCCACGAGCGUGUUUGCCAGCGACCCCGAGGUGUUACAUGUGCGGGAUGAUGCCCGAGAUACGGGACGAGACAGCAGCAAACAUCAGCUGCUGGCCUUCGUCACCUUGCUGGAGACCAACAGGCCGUAUUUGUCCAACUGUGUGCGUGUUCCUGCACUGCAGGCUCUGCUGCUGGUGGCCAACUCACUGGACAGCAACGCCGAUUGCUCCCGUCUGGUCGUGGAUGGCUGGUUGGAGCUCCAGGUGAAGAUGCCUGAGGAGGCCCUCAGGGCACUGUCCACAGCACUCAAUCUCCGGGCUGAAUGGGAGCGCCUCCUGCAAGCCCAGCUGGGGCAGAGUCCCACUGCAGAGGUGUCCCGAAAGUCCAUGCAGAAGCUCAGUGAGCGCCUUGUUCGCUUCCUGCUUUAUACAGAGAUCAAUUACAGUCUGCAGCGCCUCUCUGCACUCCACACUCAGAACCUAUACGUCGGACCUCAGCCCGAGUUGGAACUUUCCCUCGGCGUCAGUGCCGGUUUCACGCAGCUGUUUCCAGGCGCUGAGGCCAAGCCGGACCCUGUCAAGGGAGGCCUGCGCGUCACCAACUUCUUCACCUACAACUGUCUGACCGAUUCCAGGGACCUGUACAGCGAUUGCCUGCGUACAUUCUGGAGCUGUCCCAACUGUGACCUCUACAUGCCCCUGACACCUCUGGAGCGAAUGCAGCAUGAGACGACCUGCAGGCCAGCAGGAGAACAGUCGGAGCAGGAUGAAGGGCCGGAUGUCGUCAAGCCAAACUCGUCCUCCUCCAGUCUCUGCCGAGUCUACCACUGUGACAUUUGUGACCAAGACUUGACGCUCACAUCAACGGAGAUCCUCAAGCACAAAAGGCAGCAUAUGUACUCUGUUAAGUAACUCAUUAACAUAUUGAUUCUCUUUAAAAAGCAGUCAUGGUUUCACACUGCUGAAGAAAUGAACUUCAAGCAAGAGAGGAGCAUUUAAAAUAUAGAGUGAGGGUUUAAUAAUGAUACAAACCCACGAUAUGUAACACCUCAAAGCAGCACAUUAGCACAAAGUCAGAAGACAGCACGAAAGAUAAAAAAAAAAAAAAAAAAAAAAACCUGCCUCAUAGGAGAAAAAAACCCCAAAAGAAUCUGAAUAAAUAAAUAUUAACA